UCCAAAGAUUAAGUUAUAAUCUUAUAAUAAAACAUCAAUUUUGAACAACAGUUAAAAAAUUAAACAAAAAAAUAAGUAUUAAAUAAUUUUUUUUUUUGUAAAAUAAAACGUGCAAUGCACAGUUUAGACUUAGAUACAACAAACUAGUUGCUUUAAUAAUGCAAGGCUCCUCCACCACCUACUCACAAGAAACCGGGGGCGGUGGGCCCACUGCACAUGCGAGCUGGCUAUUGGGCCAGCCAGCCCAUUUCAAGAAAACCCACUAAAAGGCCACCGCAUUCGUACCGCUAUACGACGGAAGGGGUUGGGGAAUCACAGGAUCAUCGCCGGCACGUGCGGUGUCUCGGGGGUCAAACAUCUUCACAAUUUUCAAAUAUUGAAAUUUCAACGUGGCCGUCUCCCAUUGGCUGGCUGACGUGUGCGUUGCAGUUCAUUGGUGGAAGCGCGUAGGCCGUUGCGUGAGAGGUCCGCACUCCACUUUGCAUAAAUCCGCGUUCUGGGACGGUUCUACCCUUUAGAUUCGAACAUAUUUACAGCUAUGCACGGCUGCGAUUCAACGGAAAAUUCUAAAGUAUUAAUCAUGGUCACAGAAAGAAUGGUGCACUGCGCUGCGACAUCAUACGGACCGACAUGGGCCCCCCCCCACCAUAUGAUGUACUAGGAGACACAAAUGUGGGCCAUCGUUUUCGAUACAUCAAUCAGACGGCGGGCGUUGAGUAAAAAGCUUGAUUAUCCGUUGCGGUCAUGAGAAUUAAUGAUGGAAGAUUGAGGGAAUCAACGUAGGCGUGAGAUCAGGGAAUAAAUGCCCAGUAAGGGAUUUGAAAAAUGGAAAAGAAAAUGAAAUGAGCAAAAAAUCGACAUCCCCUCGUUCCCACUCAAAAACCCUCGGCGUUGAGAUAUAAUAUAACCGAAAGAGAGAGGAAAUUUUCUCUCUCUCUCUCUCUAUAAGAAAACCCUUGAGGGUUUCAUCUUCUUUUUCUCUCACUAGAAAUAGAAAUGGAGGGUCUGGAGACGGCGGCUUGCUUCGUGGAUGACCUCCUGAACUUCUCGUCCGACAUAGGCGAUGACGACGACGAUGACGACAAAACCAAAGCGAGUCUACCUUCUUCUACUUCUAUCCUGACCAAGCUGGACCUCGAUGAUAGCAACCGUUCGUUCCCUGAAGUUGCAGAAGAAGAACUGGAAUGGCUAUCGAACAAAGAUGCCUUCCCUGAGGUAGAGACAUUCGUUGACAUUCUCCCGACCAACGCCGGCAGCUUCCCGAAGCAACGGAGCCCGGUGUCGGUGCUUGAAACGAGCAACAGUAACAGUACCGGCAGCGGUAACAUCGGCGUUGGAGCCGGCUUAGGAACCGUUUUGAGCUGCUGCGGUAGCAUCCAUGUUCCGGUCCGCGCGAGGAGCAAGCGCCGUCGGCGCCGGCGCCGGGGCUUCCCUGACUUGAUCACCCAUCAGCGGUGGUCGUACUGCGAAGCGAAGAUCAAAACCCCCAAAACCACCCCCAAAGCCACUGGGAGAAAGUGUCUGCAUUGCCAAGCUGAGAAGACCCCUCAGUGGCGGGCGGGUCCGCUCGGCCCGAAAACGCUUUGUAACGCGUGCGGUGUGAGGUACAAGUCCGGCCGGCUCCUCCCAGAGUACCGGCCGGCGAGCAGUCCGACCUUCUCGAGCUCACUGCAUUCAAACUCUCACAGGAAGGUAAUAGAGAUGAGAAAGCUGAAGCAGAGUGAGGUGGUGGCGACGAAGCCUCUGGAUAUGGGGUAGUUCUCUUUUUUAUUUUUUCCGGUUUUUAUUUUUAUUUUUAUUUUUAUAUUUUUUUUUCCAGUCCUUUUUAGUAAUAGGUAGAGAUUAGGAUAUGUUGUAAUGGGUUAGAAUUUAGAAGGAUAGUGAAGUGAACUUUCAUUGUUUAUGUUUCAUCAAUCCAUUAGGGGAAUUUUUGACAGUAGUAUGUUUGGUAUUUGUUUUAGAUGAGGGGAAAGAGAAAGUAUUAUUGGUUUUCCAUGAA